AUGGAUUCCGAAAAGCCCAUCAUCCUCCAUCUUGGAGAUCCUAUCGAAUUCAAUAAGGAACUUUAUGCUCAAAUAGCAAAGGAUUUUACGGUUAUUCGCCCCUCUCUUGAAGAGAGACAACGGGUCAAUUUCCUCAAGGCCUUAGCAGAGAAAAAAUGGGGAGACUUCCAGGGUGUCUUUCGUCCAUUCUGGAACACCGGUGGAGAAAUGGGUCGCUGGGAUGCCGAAUUGAUCCCAUUGCUACCAUCGUCACUCAAGAUAUACGGUAGUGCCGGUGCGGGCUAUGACUGGAUGGAUGUCGACAUCCUAGCCGAGCAUGGGAUUAUCUAUUGUAACGGGGCACAGGCAUCGAGCGAGGCUGUGGCUGACAUGGCUAUAUUUCAUAUCAUCUCCGUCUUUCGCAAUAUGCAGUGGUCUAUGGAUGGCGCUCGUUCAGGUGAUCCGGCACUUUGGCUUGAGGCGCAUCAGAAUACCGCGUUCACCGCACACAAUCCGCAAACACAGAUCUUGGGUAUCAUUGGUCUUGGGAACAUUGGCUAUACUAUCGCCCGGAAGGCAUAUGCAUGCUUCGGCAUGAAGAUCUACUAUCAAGACAUCUACCGAAAAUCUAAUGAACAAGAACAAGCAAUCGGCGCUUCCUACUGUGCGACUCUAGACGAGCUUCUUGCGGUGGCAGAUUGUAUUGUCCUGGCUACGCCGUUCAGUGGAUCCAAACUUAUCACCAAGGAGACCUUGGCUAAGUUCAAAAAGGGAAGCAAAUUCGUCAAUAUCGCCCGAGGAACAUUGGUCGAUGAAGCUGCUCUGGUUGAUGCCUUGAAGUCUGGACACUUGUCUGCUGCAGGCUUAGAUGUGCAUGAAAAUGAGCCGAAUGUGAACAAAGACCUUAUAAAGAUGCGGAAUGUCACGCUCACAUCUCACACUGCCGGUGGCGCGGCUGAGACUCAGAUUGGAUUUGAGCGAUUAGCGAUGGAGAAUGUUCAGCGGGUGUUGACUGGUCAGGAGCCGCUCACCCCAGUGAACAAGCAUCUGAUUAAGAAAUGA